CCAGUUGAACCACGACAGACCGGUUCGAGCGAAUCCGUUCUCGCGCGGCACAGGUUAGCGUUGCGGAGGCCUGACAGAGACGACAAUGGCGGCGGCGGCAGCGUUGUUUCGGCGGGCGUCUUCCCAUCUCGCUCGUCUCCCUCGCCCUCUCUUCCCCUCUGACUCCCUCGAGAGCCCCUUCGCUCACGGCUCCUCUGCGGGGUCCCCGUCGCUCCCUGGCUUCUCCUUUGACGCCUCCAUGGAGCUCAUGGCCGUUCCCAAAAAAAACGUUUCUCGGCAUAAGAAAGGACUGAGGAAUGGACCCAAGGCUCUGAAACCUGUUCCAGUGAUUGUUCGUUGCAAGAGUUGUGGUCGAGUUAAGUUGCCGCACUUCUACUGUUGCAGUGGAGACACGGGAAACAGUGGUCUUUCAAGCUCAUGAAAGAAUUCAUGAUAUGUGAUAGAGCAUCAAGCUUGCAAAAGGAUAAUCUACUUUGCUUUAAUUUAUCUACUGCAAAUUUUAUUUUCUCAGCUACACUAUUCAGCUGUGUCCUAUCUAGGGUUUAAGUUUGUGAAACAAAUUGGAAAAACAUCUUUUCAUGCUUAUUUCCAACGAAAAGAUUGCAAUAUCAUCGAUGUACUUGUUACAAACUUCGACUCUUUACGUUUGAUUCAACUUCUUGCUGUUUUUUGUA